AUGGCUUGUCAUCUUUGCGUUGGUGGCUGUGAAAUUCGGCGACCGCCCCAAAAAGACACCGGCGAUGGGCACCAGAAAUUUCACAUGCCACGUCUGACGGUGUGGAAGGCUUUGCAAAAGCUAAAUAAUACGACCUGGACCCUUCAGACGAGGGCUCCCUUUGAUGUAAAACCGGCAAGCCACCGUGAGUCCCACCGUUCCUGGUUGUCUGCUGAAGGGGAAGCAUUCCCGUAUGUAAGGCACGACAGGGGCCCUCGUCAGAAGGGAUCCAUGCUUCUGUGCCACGAGGCCUGUCAAAUGAAUAUCCUAGAUUAUGGCCUCGUGGCCUGCGCACCUACCCACAACCAAAUUCCAUAUCGCAGCACCUUGACUUAUAAAUCGGAAAGGAUCAAGGAUACGGAACCUGGCAGAACGCCAAACUCGUGGAUUGCUUGGUCCGGUUUGCUUGUUGGGACGUUCCGGCCACACGGCCCGUAUUGGUGGUAUGACGUGAAAAACUCCCGCCGUUCCGGGUUGGAAAUCUUCUUCGUUGCCUUGUCUGUGAGAAGCUGGCGCGUGCCUUUUGACCUGGGCUGCAUGCUGUCAAUAUAUUCCCGGCAUCCAACAGCCACAAAGGUUAGCGGACUCGGGCAAGUUGACAUGCGACUAAGGCCGAAAGACAUCGGGAGAAUAUUAGGUUGA